UAGAAAAUCCGUCACACACACGAUCGCGAAAAUGACGAAUCUUUUACCGUCGUCGUCGUCGUCGCGAAAAUAAUAAAUAAUAAACACACACGAGAUCACGGCACGAUGAUCGUCACGAACCGCGUUUGAUCCAUGCGCCUAAAAUUCGCGAAACUUGUUUUCGCGCUGUCGAAUCAACUAACGCGGCUUUGCUAUCGCGGCGGCGAUAACAUUCCGCGCGGAAAAUGGUAUUGUCAUCGACGCGGUCGUACUCAUCCGCUGACAACGCGCUUCGAUCUUCUCAAAACGAUCGACCGCGAUCUCGCGGUGUUUUCGUGCGGUCAUCCUCGCGUCGUCAGGAUUCGCGAGCCGCAAUCGCGAGCGACCGUUGUCGGCAAUUUGAUUGAUGACAACGACGGACAUCGCGAAGGUUUUCUGGCAGGCGUGCGAGAGACGAUUUUAAUAUUUGCGAGAAUCGUUGUCGUGAGUUCAGUCAUCGCCACCCUCGUAGCCGCGUAUCUGAUAACGCGUCUGACGCACGCUAAUCAAUUUCCUCUUAUUUUGUGCAAAGGCAUCGAAUUUCUCGGUCCGGUUUUCAUCAAAUUCGGCCAAUGGAUAUCCACGAGGCGAGAUAUUUUCUCGCGAGAGGUUUGCAACGCAAUGUCGCGGCUUCAACGACACGCAACGCCACAUUCUUGGCUGCAUACAAAACGCGUGCUCAACUCUACGUACGGCCCUUCCUGGCGGAAGUUAUUCGUGAGAUUUGACGGUGAAAGUCCGAUCGGAUCGGGAUGCUGCGCGCAGGUGUACAAAGCGUGGAUCGACUUGAGCGCGAUGGAUGCUGCGACUAGUAAGUCUCGAAUGUCGCGCUGCGCGAAAAGUUCGUUUCAAGAUUCAGGCUUAGAUAAAACUCCCGACGAAAGUAUUGAAUUUACAUUUCCCGAUCCGCGCGCCAGGAGAUUACGAGCCGUAGCGGUAAAAGUGUUGCAUCCCGGAAUCACGGACCAACUCAAAAGGGACAUCGCGAUAAUGCGCGGAAUCUCCAAGUGCGCCACGUAUUUCAUACCGGAACUGCAUUGGCUCAGCCUCGCGGAUUGCAUCGACGAAUUCGCGCGCAUAAUGGAAAACCAAAUUGAUAUGCGAACGGAAGCCGUGAAUCUCGGUAGAUUUUCAACGAACUUUUCGAGAAGAAGAGACAUUGUGUUUCCGCAUCCUUACACGCACUUGACUCGUCGCGAGAUACUCGUCGAGAGUUUCCACGAGGGUUCGCCGAUAUCCGAUUACCUCGAGCACAACGACGUAGCUUUGCAGAGAAAACUCGCCAAGAUUGGAAUCGCGACGAUUCUCAAAAUGGUAUUUAGGGACAACUUGAUUCACUGUGACUUGCAUCCGGGCAACAUUUUAGUCGAAAAAGCGGCCGUCUUGAGGAAGCCGGGCCUGUUCAACACCUUUCGACGGGUCAUUACCCCCGAUUACGUGGCGGACGAUCCACGUUUGAUCAUUCUCGACUGUGGCCUAGUGGCAUCGCUAAAUGACCGUUGUCGACAAAAUCUUCGGAAUGUAUUUCACUCGGUCCUAAUGGGAAACGGCGAAUUGGCAGCGCAGCAUAUUUUGGAGCACAGUUCGUGCACGACUUCCGAUUCGGACGGCUUUAAACGCUCGAUGAGGAACAUCUUGAGCGCUCAACGAAACUCGCUCAAUGUAAACGUGAGUACCGUUUUGACGGAAUUAUUCUCCGCAAUGGUUCGUCAUCGAGUUAAGCAGGAUGGAGCCUUUAGCAAUGUGAUUCUCAGCAUGCUGGUGAUCGAAGGUCUCGGCCGAUGUCUCGAUCCUAACAUCGACAUUUUUACGGAGAUUCUGCCGUACAUCGUCAGCAACGACUGCGCGCAACGACUGAAGUCGAAGAUUCGAAUCUUGUAAAA